ACCUGAUGGAUGUGGAAGCAAGGUUGGAAGAAGCCCGGGAAUUUCGUAGAGAUGGACAGGGGUAUCGACCACUUAGGGGGGAGGAAGGGGAGUGUCAGCACAGGAGGGACUUGAGAGAAGGGAGGUCAGCAGAGGCUAGCGGCAGGCCGAGGAGAUGGGACGAAAGGGUCCCCGAGGCCGUCACCAGCGCAGGCCUUAGUGGGGCCGAGAUCUGGUAUGGAGGUGCGAGUGUCUGGGCGAGAAGGGGGGAUCGAGGGGUCAAGAGGCCUUCCUGUAAAGUCUCGGUGGGCAGAUUUGUCGGACGCAAGAAUGGGGGGAGCUCGAGAAUUCCCACGAGAAAGGGGGGGGUACCGGCCACCCCGGAGAGAAGAGGAAGGGGGACCAAGUAGAAGGGGCCUUAGAGACGAAAGGCCAGCGGAGGUAGGUAGUAGGCCACGGAGAUGGGCCGUAAGAGAAGCGGAUGCUGCAUGGGGCCCCUAUGAGAUAACGGGCAGAAGUCAGGGGGUGGAGGCCUGGAGAAGCUUAAGGGGGCAGGGCCACACUCGAUGGGAGACGGAUUGGCCGGAAGAGCGGGGCCGCUACGGGGAGGACCCCUGGGAGCCACCAAGACCUCGAGGCCGGGUAGAAGAGCCCGAUCCCUCGUGGUACAAGCCAUACGAUCCGACAAUCGAUGGGCCAAUGGAAGGUCCUUAUUUUCGCCGAUACGACGACCGACGGGUGCCCUAUUACGACGUCAACCUGAGUCUGGAGCCGCUUUUCUUCGACGGACGAGAUGUAACCGGAUUCGUGGAAAAGUGGGAGAGCUAUGCUUACCGUAAAAGAUUCUCCGAAAGAGAGUGGAUGGACUAUUUUAUCCAGCAUUCGGACCCCGAGUUAGACACUGCGAUCCGAGCUAUCUACCCUUCCGACGGGCGAUGGAGGACCUUCAGGGCAAGCCUAUUGCAGACUUUCGUCUGUGAUGAUCUGAUCCCGACCGAGGAAGGCUUGCGACGAAUUACAAGGGGGGAACGGGAGAGUUUGGUGGCCUUCACCCGAAGGUUCAAACGCCUGUCCCAGACCCUAGUGGACAGGGAAGUGUUGUCUGAAGUAGAUAGGUGCGUGAUGUUCAUGCUGCACCUACUCGAGGAGAAGAGGAAAGAGGUCCUUGAAAAGGCCCUAAGGGAUUCCGCCAAUUUCGAGAAAGUCGCGGAGGUGGUUUUCACAGGGGGAGGGGUAGACGUAAGAGAAUACAUGAAAGAGACCUUGGACAUGGCUCUCCGCAACAUGCGAGGGACACGGAAUGAUGGUCCAAGGGGAAGCGAUAGACCGCCCCCUGGUCCCCCUGUUCCCCGGUGGGGAGAAUGACCGACCGGAUGGAGAAACGAAUCAAGUGGCCAAGGAGGUUGGAGGAACGAUCGGGAGAUGGGAGGGAAUCGUGGUUCCGAUUGGGGGAGUUCCCAUUGGAAGGAUGCUAGGGAUGGAAGGUGGGGAGACGCCUCUCAAGCAAGGGUCCCUGGACCGCGACCGGAGGUUAGAGCGCCUCCACCCCCAGCACCACCACCACUGGCUCCGCCUGCGCCCGUAGCGACAACCUCACAAGGGGGUCCUCGCCCCAACAACCCCCAAGCUCGGAGCGGGUGUGUCUACUGCAAUGAAGAAAAUCACAUCAA